AUGGAAUUUGAAUUAUUUGGAAGACGUCUAAAGGCCGAUGUGCAAAGGCAAAGGCAACAAAAGUCAACUAAAAAGAACAAAAUCACAAGUUAUGAAAUGACAGUUGAUUCUCCGACGAGUCAACGAGUCACGACCAAUACGACGACUGAUGCCAAACCCGGGGAAGCAUUUAAUUUGAUUUCACGGAAUGAUGAUUUAACAAAUGGUUCAAAAUCAGAAUCAAAAGAUUCUUUAAAGGCCCGUAUAGAAGAAUUGGAAACGGAUUCUAUCAUUAAAAAUCAAAACAUUGAAAAGCAAAAGUUCGAAAUUAAACAAUUAAGAGAGGAAUUGAAUAGGCUUAAAAGUGAUUUAAAUGUAAACUAUUUGAAACAAGAAAUCGAAGAAUUAAAUGAUUUCAAAAUUAAUUUUAUGCUUGUAUUUGAAUCUUUUGAACAAACUAAAGCGGAAUUAAAGGAAUUAAAAAUCAAGUUCAAACAAAAUGAAUUCGAAAAUGAUAGAUUAUUAGCCGAAAAACUUCAAUUUGACGAAAAAACAUUUACCGAACAAGAUUUAUAUGAUCAUCCUUUAUCAUAUAAUAACUUUAUCGAAAACUCUGAUGAUGAUUACAAUCAAUCUAAACCUCAGUUACCACAGGGUGAAAAAUAUUCUGCGAGUCAGGAUGAAGUAACAGACUUAUGUCCACAACCUUCAAAUUUUCAACAAGAGUACAUCAGUCGCCAAACAACCCCAUUUGAUACGAAUGUUCAGGGUUUUGCUCGUAAUUAUGAUUUAGAGAUUGCUAGACAAGAGCAAGAUGGAAUCUUGCCAUUAGAGAGUUCUCCUGUUCAGAGAAAUAGCGGCGUUCCUAAAAAAUUUUUUCUCAAACCAGUCAAUCAACAUACCGAAUGGAAAGCUCAUAGACUUCUUGCAUGUCCACAUCGGUUGACUUACAAGUUAAUCUGA